CACUUGAGAGAGCGACAGACAGAUAUCAGAGGCUGUGUCUUCAUUUCUGCUUCUGACCUCUAAGACUGACGAGGCCCUCCUCAGCUCUGUGAUAUCACUUCAGUAUCUGCAGCCACACAAUGCUUCCCGAUACCUCUCUGCCCACACUCCAGUCUUCUAAGGAUGACCAGGCAACUAUGGUGGACAUUGAUGGCAUCAUGGACAACGUCAGCAUUAUCCUCUACACACUGACCGUCGUGCUCGGCAUCACUGGAAACUCCAUCGUGAUCUGGGUGGCUGGAUUCAAACUUAAGCCAAAAGUCACCCAUGUGUGGCUGGUGAAUCUGGCGAUAGCAGACCUGAUCUUCUGCUUCACACGAGUAUUGUCUCUCACUAAGAAGCUCUUCUUUGACCACUGGCCUUUUGGCCUCUUUCUCUGCAAGUUCAACGGCUUCUUCAAAUACGCCAACAUGUUCUGCUCUGUCUUCCUGCUGGCUGUCAUCAGUCUGGAUCGAGUGCUCUGCAUCUGGCAGCCUGUCCUCACAAAGCGCCAACGCACCAUAUGGGCAGCGAGGUUGGUGGCGGCGUGCAUCUGGAUUGCAGCGAUCCUCUUCAGCAUUCCCUACUUCAUCCACCGCCAAGUCUACUUUAACAAGAAGAACCUGAGUAAGUGUUCUGUGGACCCGAAGGAGAAGGAGGAGGGCUACAACAGCACCAAAGUUGCUCUCUACUCCAUCCGCUUCCUGUGUGGCUUCAUAAUUCCCUUCAUAGUCAUUCUCGUCUGUUACAUCCUGGCUGGCCUGGGCAUCCGACGUACCCGUCUGUCAGGGAAGUCCCGCCCCCUGCGUAUACUAGCCAGUUUGGUCAUUGCCUUCUUCCUGUGCUGGGCACCUUACCACUGCCUCCUAUUGGUGAAAAUGGUGGACAAUAAAAAUGCAGUAGUGAAAAUCUGGUACCCUGUAGCAAAAGGUGUUGCCUACUUUAACAGCUGCGUGAACCCACUGUUGUACUUCUGCAUGGGGCUAGAAGUGAGGGGGCGGUUCAGACAGAGUCUGAUGGGCGUUUAUAGAAGAGCUCUGGCAGAUGAUGUCGAAGGACAGACAACUCAGUCCAAUGAUCGCUCUUUGGAUGAAAGCUCCGGGUUGAAGCACAGCACUGUUGUGGUGGCAGGAAGGAGCCAGACAACAAUGGAUGUAGAUGACGUUUAAGUUUUUCCCACUGAUCCUGAUUCUUAGAUGAACAUUCAUGUUUCAACCUAUGAAUAGCACAAUAUCAUACUAUCAUUAUUAAAUGACAGUACAAGAUCCAGUAUUUCAGAGCAAAACAGUAGUUCUCAGGGUAUAAUAAUGAUAAACAUUCACCUAUGACUGGAUCAACAGAGGCUCAACAAAAAAGGAGCUCUGAAAACCCACUGCUGGGUUCAUUAAUCAUAAGAGAGGGUGAGGACAAAAUGAAUAAAUUAGAUCUCAAACUGGCAUUUCUCCAUCAUAUCAAAUUACUAUGAUAUUACGGUAUAAUUAGCCCCAACAACCCACAGCUAACAAAUCAAAUUUAACCAGAUUAAGUUUAUGUGGAAUAAAUAAGUAAAAAAAUGAAACUGAGAACUCAAACUUGAAAAAUACAAAUUUUA